CAUUAUCUGCCGAACUACUAUCAUGUGAGAAAGGAAGUUACAAUGUUGUUGAUACCUUUUUACUGAGGUUCAUAGACACUAAAAAUCUAUAACAAACAGGGAAAUGGGGUGUUGUUUUAGUUCUGACGAAGAUAAAGAUAUCACUGCAUCUGAGAGAGCUCCAUUGUUGAUAGAUCCUAGUGACAGAGUUCACACCCAACCUGUUCCUGGAAGUAGGCCUGAUCCGAGCUAUCCUCAGACCCCUACAAAUAAUGAAACUUCUGAGUUCAGUCGUAUUCUCAAGCAAACAGCCAUCAAUGUUAUUGAUGUGACAUCAAAUGAAUCACAAAAUAUGGAGCAAGGGGAGAUGCAGGAUAGGGCAAUACAAUAUAGCAAUCGUUUGAACAUGAUGCUUUCGGGGUCAGGCAAAACAAGAAUAUACAGGCCUAACUUGCCUAAUGGUAUGACAUCACCACAGAUGACAUUGUCUGCAGCACCUGUCUCUUUGUCAGAUGUGCAGUUGAUAACAAGCUGCAGUGAAAAGUUAGCCCUAGCCGCUAAAGAUAUUAAAAUUCAACACAAAGAGAAUUUGGUCGUCACUUUUGGUGUUCCAUGAUAUCGCUAGGGUCUUACCAGUGUGCAUGUCUUCUAACUGUACAUAAUACAUGAUUUUAAAAGGGAGUGUGAAUGUGUUACAUGAAGUAAGAUAUUUCUGUUGAUUUUUUUAACCUUGCUGGGAAUUUAGUUCCCUGGUUGUAGUCAUGACAUGUCUUUCAAAUAGGUUAUAUAUUUGUUUGAGGUCUUGUUUUCAUAGUUACCUGAAAGUAAUAUUGUACUAGAUCACCCUAUUUCAAUUUUUUCUUUAUGGGAUGUGUGCUAGGAUUCCUUGAAUAUGGAUGGCAUUUCCAUGGUACAAUUUUUUUAAAAAGUAGCAUGCUUUUUUAAGAAUCAUUAAGAGUUUUUGUAAAUUCAAUUAUAUUAAGGAUUUUGAAUAUUAUGUCAUAUUUUGCACUUCCAUAUUCACAGAGCAAUGUGGAGGAAAUGAAUAAAAUAAUGAAACUAAUCCAGGCUCGUUUCUUACUGACAUAACAAGUUU